CUUUUUUUUUUUUUUUUUCCCUUUUAACCCACAGGCGAUCCCCCCUCCUCUUUCACCGUGCCUCAGCUGCCUUGCCUGGUGCCUGGGUUCACUGAUUUUCAUUCAAUUCUUGAACUGUUGUUCCAAACGGCAAUUGCCCUUUUAUUUUCUCUUUCAGUCGUUGCUCACUAAAAUUAAAUAAUCAUAAUCUGAUAGCACCCUGCAGCUUACUCCAGUGCCCCGCCCCGGACUCAUCUUGUCUUGGUGCCCUUGAUCUUUGAUAAUAAUCUCAUCUCUCAUCCUUUGGGCCGGUUCAGAUCAGUCUAACCCCAUUUGCACAUACAUCCCCGACAACUGUCAGCAUGCCUUCUCUGGAAAACCCCACUCAGAAUGAGGCCCGGUUGCUUCUCGUUUCCAAUCGGCUGCCAAUUACAAUCAAGCGGUCGGAUGAUGGCCGUUAUGACUUUUCCAUGUCCUCCGGCGGCCUGGUCAGUGGCCUGAGCGGUCUGUCGAAAUCCACGACCUUCCAAUGGUACGGCUGGCCCGGCUUGGAGGUCCCGGAGGCGGAGAUUCCUGUCGUGAAACAGCGCUUGAAGCAAGAGUACAAUGCGGUGCCUGUCUUCAUCGACGAUGAGCUGGCCGAUCGUCACUACAAUGGUUUCUCCAAUUCUAUUCUUUGGCCUCUCUUCCAUUACCACCCCGGUGAGAUCACUUUUGAUGAGUCCGCCUGGGAGGCAUACAAAGAUGCCAACCGCCUGUUCGCCAAAGCCGUGGCAAAGGAGGUGAAAGACGGUGACUUGAUCUGGGUUCAUGAUUAUCACUUGAUGCUCCUUCCCGAGAUGCUGCGAGAGGAGAUCGGCAACAGUAAGGAAAAUGUGAAAAUUGGUUUCUUCCUCCACACUCCCUUUCCUAGCAGCGAGAUCUACAGAAUCCUUCCGGUGCGGAACGAGCUGUUGCUCGGUGUCCUUCAUUGCGACCUGAUCGGAUUCCAUACCUACGACUACACCAGGCACUUCCUAAGUGCUUGUUCGCGACUGUUGGGCUUGACAACCACUCCAAAUGGUAUCGAAUUCCAAGGAAAAAUCAUUGCCUGCGGCGCCUUCCCGAUCGGUAUUGAUCCGGAGAAGUUCGAAGAGGGUUUGAAGAAGGAAAAGGUCCAGAAACGGAUUGCGAUGCUGGAGCAGAAAUUCCAGGGUGUGAAAUUGAUGGUGGGGGUUGAUCGUCUUGAUUACAUCAAGGGAGUUCCUCAGAAACUGCAUGCCCUCGAGGUGUUCCUCAGUGAUCAUCCGGAGUGGGUUGGCAAGGUUGUCCUGGUUCAGGUUGCAGUUCCGAGCCGGCAAGAUGUGGAAGAGUAUCAGAACCUGAGGGCUGUUGUGAAUGAACUGGUGGGCCGGAUAAAUGGCAAAUUUGGCACUGUUGAAUUCAUGCCAAUCCAUUUCCUACACAAGUCGGUCAAUUUCGACGAGCUGAUUGCUCUGUACGCGGUUUCCGACGCCUGCAUCGUUUCGUCGACCCGCGAUGGAAUGAACCUUGUUGCCUAUGAGUACAUCGCCACUCAGAAGAAGCGCAAUGGUGUCUUGGUGCUCUCGGAGUUCGCCGGUGCUGCUCAGAGCCUUAACGGCAGUAUCAUCAUCAACCCCUGGAAUACCGAAGAGCUGGCAGGGGCCUAUCAGGAAGCUGUGACCAUGAGCGACGAGCAGAGGGCUCUCAACUUUUCCAAGCUGGAUAAAUACGUCAACAAAUAUACAAGUGCAUUCUGGGGGCAGUCCUUUGUGACGGAACUAACUCGCAUCUCGGAGCGUUCAGCGGAGAAGUUCCAUGCCAAAAAGGCGUCUUUCAGCUCCAAUUCUGAAAAUGGGGAACAUGCAAAUGGUGUGGAAACUCCAGCAGAGGAAGAGGUGACGCAGUGAGCUUGGUGGCGCUGCAAUGAUCAAUUCAAAAUGGGAAUGCGUGAAUGAAUGACUUAGACGUCUGUUUUACUGGUAUACGAGCACAGGCGUGGCGAAGUAUGGGCCUUUUUUUUCUCA